GUUGUUGCGCAUCCCCAGAAGUGGAGCUGACAUUGCUGGCAUUCUCUUUGGCCAGAGGGAGCAUCACAAAAGUGCUGAAUUCCCUUUGCACCAUUGCUGGACACCUGGAAACUCCUUAUAAAGCUGCUUCUUUGAUUGCUUCCAUGGCCACAGUCAGGCAGAACCUGCUCUACAAAUAUGGAGCACCCUUGCGGCUGACCCUACAAGCAUGCGAUGUUAAAGGAAAAGAGGACAAAUCUGGACCUGAAAAUCUCCUUGUGGAACCCUGGACAGGGGAUGGCUUUCUUACAGAAACAGGGAAGAGACGAGCCAGUGUCAUUCUCUCCAGUGGAACUGACAUGGCUUUGCAGGUCACCCAAAUCAGAAUAAAGGUACGGAGAGGAGCCAUAGGGGCCCGGUGUGGUUUGGUAUUUGCUUACAACUGUUCUUCGGAGAAGUUUCACGCGGAGGAGCAUUUCAAAAGAUUUGAGAGUUAUGACAAAUGGAAGCUAGAGGAUUUCCGGCAGUUUGUGAAAACAAGGAGUGGCACUUCACACGAUGAGCUGGGAGAGGAAGAUCCAGUUGGCUGGUUUGAAAUGGAGGAGGAGUGGGACGAAGUGGAAGUGAAAAUGCAGCAGUGCAGAAUUGCCAAGUACUUGAUGGUGAAGUUCUUGUGCACAAGGCAAGACAAGGCUGAGAGGCUCGGGGUGCAAGGCUUGGCCAUUUUCGGGUACCUUCGUCCCGCGUCGUCCGAACCCAAUAGGAGCAAGAGCUGCAUGGAGUGUGACAAGGCGGACGGCGACACUGUUUGUGGGAUGACUCUUCUCCUGAAGACCCUGUCCUUCAUCCAGCAGCUGGCACAAGAUAUGGUUCAGAAGAAAGAAAGUGGUCUACGAUACAGAUCAUACCUGGACUUUUCAGGCCUGGAUUUAAAGCUGUUUUGGAAUUUCUAUAGUAAACUUCAUGAAAAGUAAGU